CCGAGCGGCGCCAUGCACGACCCUCAGACCUAACCGCUAGCCAGCAGAAAUGCCUCCUGAAGACCUCGACCCAGCCCGAAAUGUUCGGCCCAGGGCACACGCUGUCGUAUUAUUUCACUGAUACAAGAUGGGAAGAAGGAGUAGUUGUGAUAAAAUGGCGAGGUUUUGAGUCUUACUUUUCCGUUUCGCUCGGUGUAGCGUGGCAGAGGCAGUGGAUCGUUUCCAAAGUUGUCGGUUAGCAGGGCGCGUGUGAAGGAUCGGAAUUAAAGGCGCAGUGCACCCGUUGUAGCCGCAAACAUGGAGAAGCAGCAGAGCGACUUGGACCGAGAACGACAGUACUGUGAACUUUGUGGGAAAAUGGAGAACCUCCUCAAGUGUGGUAGGUGCCGGAGCUCCUUCUACUGCAGCAAGGAGCACCAGAAAGAGGACUGGAAGAAACACAAGCUCAUUUGUAAAGAGGCGGACAAGGCGCAGCUUCCCAAAGAGAAGCCAGAGCAGGCUCCGUCGUCUGAGGACGACAAGGCACCGGAGAAAUACCAAGAAAAGAAAACCCCUGAGCAGGCGGAUACUACAUCUUUACCACAAACCACGAACACAGAAGCACCUGGGGUUGGACCGGGAGAGGACGGUUCAAACAACACCGCCACACCUAACGGACAAACCAACUCAUCCCCUCAGAAACUUGCCAUGGAGUACAUAGUCCCGUGUAUGAACAAGCACGGCAUAUGUGUGGUGGACAACUUUUUAGGAGCAGAGACUGGGCUAGGCAUUUUGGACAAUGUCAAGGCCCUUCACAAAACGGGCAGGUUCACAGACGGACAGUUGGUCAGUCAAAAAAGCGACUCAACUAAAGACAUCCGAGGGGACAAAAUCACGUGGAUAGAGGGGAGGGAAGCCGGCUGUGAGAAGAUCCGCUUUCUAAUGAGUCGCAUGGACGACCUGAUCAGACAUUGUAACGGCAAACUGGGAAACUACACAAUAAAUGGAAGGACGAAAGCAAUGGUGGCAUGUUACCCUGGAAAUGGGACAGGAUAUGUGCGCCAUGUGGAUAACCCUAACGGCGAUGGACGGUGUGUCACAUGCAUAUAUUACCUUAAUAAAGAUUGGAAUGCCAAGGAACAUGGUGGCCUUCUUCGAAUCUUCCCAGAAGGAAAGGCCCAGUUUGCCGACAUAGAGCCCAAAUUUGACCGUCUGCUGCUGUUCUGGUCAGACAGACGGAACCCUCACGAGGUUCAGCCCGCCUUCGCCACCAGGUAUGCCAUCACAGUGUGGUAUUUUGACGCAGACGAGCGAGCCAGAGCUAAAGAAAAGUACUUAACAGGUGCAGGAGAAAAAGGAGUAAAGGUUGAACUCGGCAAACCAUCAGAUCCCAGCUAGUGGGAACCAUGCGUUUCCUUAAAACAGCCAUUAAGUGCUCUGUCCUAAGAAAGUGGCCUAUAGAGAGCGUGUGUGUGUGUUUUACAAGGCGAAACAGCAGACUUUUGAUUGAGUGGGUGGAAGAUCCAUACUCAUGGAGACAAAACAAGCAAAUACACAGUGAUUUCUCUUCAUUUUCCGCAAACCUGGGCAACCCAGCUGACCUUGAAUGUCAUGACAUUGUACUGAAAGGGAUUGUGCUUUUUUUUUUUUUCUUUUUUUUGUGUCUUUUCACCUCUUCGGUGGAGAACGCAUAUGUUAUAGCUGACAUUUUCAGAACAUCACUUCAAACAGGAAUUAAGCUCAGAGAGAAUCUACAUCUUUUGCAUAUAGGUUUUUGCAGUUAAUUCCUUAAAGGUACAGUGUUCUGCAUAUGCUUAUGUGUUAUGCUUUUCACAUGGAAUCAGCUGUUAUAAGCUACUGUAUGGCAAAAUGUGCUUGAGUUUGCAAUAAUAUGAGGAAUGAUCUGAAUUAAAAACACCCUUUUUCUGACAGAA